AUGAGUUCUACAUUAGCUGUACUAGUUGUCAUUGCACAUCCAGAUGAUGAAACUCUUUUUGCUGGUUUUAUUCAUGCAUUAACAUAUAAAAUUCAUGCAAUCGUUGAUCUUGUUUGUAUAACUAAUGGUGAAGGUGGUUUUCGACAUUCUGGACCAUCUGAAUAUUUAUAUAAUAAUUUACAAUUAUCAAAAGAAAGUAUUGGUAGACAACAUCUACCACGUAUACGUAAACAUGAAUUAUUAGCUAGUGGAAGAAUAUUAGGAAUUCGAAAAUUUUUUUUCUAUGAUCAGAUAGAUUUAAAAUAUGAUCGAAAUGUUGAUGUUGUUUUUGCUGAACAAUGGAAUAAAGAAGAAGUUAUUCAACGACUUGAACAAACAAUUAAAACUGGUAAUAGUUCUGAUGGUUAUGAUAUAAUGCUUAUUAUGCUACCAAGUAUUGAAUCACAUGGUCAUCAUACAGCAUCUGGUCUAUUAGCACUUGAAACAAUAGAACGUCUUCAACAAAAACAAUUAGUAAAUAUUAAAAUUCCUACAAUAAUUGGUGGAUCAGAAUUUAUUUUAAAUGAAAUACCCGUUUAUCCAUCUAAUAAAUUAGCAGAAAUCUCUUCAAUUGAACCAAAUCUAUUUCAAUUUAAUCGUACAUGGAAAUUAACCAAUACAACUGAUGUAGCCACUUAUCAAAUGAUUGUUAUAUGGGCUUGUAGUGAACAUAAAUCUCAAGGUGGUUUAAUUGCUGAAACAUUAACAGGAUAUGCACGAGAGAAUGAACAAUAUUAUUAUUUUUCUAUCAAUAACGAACAAAUCCGUUUUCAAUUGAUUCAAAACAUUUUUGAACAACUAGUUAACAUCCAUCAAUACAAUAUUGCACAUGUACUUCAAUGCUAA